AUGGCUAGAAAUCCAAACAUCAUUAUGUUCUCUUUAGUUGUGUUUUUUCUCGUACAAAGCAAAGCUCAGGAUACACCAGCAACUCUGGAAGCUCCACCAGCAACUCCGGCAACUCCAGAAGCUCCUGCAACUCCUGAAACUCCACCAGCUCCGGAUACGCCAGCUACUCCUGAAACUCCACAAACUCCAUCAGCUCCUGCAACUCCAACUCCAUCUAUGGCUCCAUCUCCAUCUCCAUCUCCGGCUCCAUCUCCAGCUCCAGCUCCAGCUCCAGCUCCAACUCCAGAAAACCCAACAACUAAGAAAACUCCAUCAACUCCUGCAACUCCAACAGCUCCGGUGACUCCAUCAACUCCAGCGGCUCCGGACACUCCAGCAACUCCGGCAGCUCCAUCAGCUCCGGUGACUCCAGCAACUCCUGCAACUCCUACUCCGGCAACUCCUGAUCCAGCUCAUGGCACCACAGAAGGCAGUCUUAAACCGGAAGAAUGUGCUCCUAGAUGCGAAGAUAGAUGCGCAAAAACACAUCACAAAAAACCAUGUUUGUACUAUUGUAAGUAUUGUUGCGCCAAGUGCCUCUGUGUGCCUCCGGGAACUUAUGGAAACAAAGAAGUAUGUCCAUGCUAUAAUGACUGGAAGACUAGAGAUGGAGGACCCAAAUGCCCUUGA